CUUGCGAGAGAUAUCGUGCAUUACGUGUGACGCAAUAGUUUUCAAGGAACGAUACCCAAUUUUUACUCUCGUAUACAAUAGUGUGUGCGAACAGUCAACUUCAAACGCUCUGCGCAAUUUACGCACUGACUCGGAGUAAGUUGCUUCAGUUACCUGCGAGUUUUUCUUAUUUAUACUUUGGAAAUUUCUCAAGUGCAAUUUUAAUAUUAGUAACAAAGAAAUGGCAGUUAGCGCAGUUCUAAGCAAAGAUAUACUCGAUAUCGAAAAUCUUCUAAGUUUAAAUCCAAAGAUUGAACCGUUCGCGAACCUCGUUCCUUCGGCGCACACCAAAGAGAUCAAGAAGAAAUGGAAGAGGAACAUUAGCGAAAAAUGCAGCAAAUGCCCACCGUUGACGAACAAUUUCGACGACAUUAAACAUACAACACUGAGCGAACGCGGUGCGCUAAAGGAAGCUGCGCGCUGUUUGAAAUGCACAGACGCACCGUGCCAGAAAUCCUGUCCAACUCAAUUGGACGUUAAAUCUUUUAUCACUUCUAUAUCGAAUAAAAAUUACUACGGAGCGGCGAAAGCUAUUUUAUCGGACAAUCCUCUCGGUCUGACAUGCGGCAUGGUUUGUCCGACGAGUGAUCUUUGCGUGGGUGGAUGCAAUUUACAGGCAUCGGAAGAAGGACCUAUAAAUAUCGGUGGUCUUCAACAGUUUGCUACAAAUAUCUUCAAGCAAAUGAACAUACCUCAAACUAGAAUUCCCGGACAAACCGUUCCACACGCCGAUACAAAGAUCGCUUUACUCGGCUGUGGACCAGCCUCUUUGUCCUGUGCGACGUUUCUCGCGCGUUUAGGCUACGACGACAUCACGAUUUUUGAGAAAGAAAAUUACAUCGGUGGUCUGAGCUCGUCGGAGAUUCCUCAAUACCGUUUACCAUACGAUGUGAUCCAUUUCGAGGUAGAUCUCGUUAAAGAUCUAGGGGUGAAGAUCGAACUUGGUAGAGCGCUAUCUGAAAAUGAUUUAACGAUACAGGGCCUUCGAAAUUCUGGGUAUAAAGCAAUAUUUUUGGGAAUCGGCCUUCCAGAAGCAAAGACUAUUCCAAUAUUUUCCAAGCUCACGGAGGAAAUGGGUUUCUAUACGUCCAAGAGUUUCUUACCAAGGGUAGCCAAAGGUAGCAAACCAGGAAUGUGCGCGUGUAAGAAUAACGAAUUACCGUCUCUUAGAGGAAAUGUUGUGGUUCUCGGUGCUGGAGACACAGCCUUCGAUUGCGCCACUUCGGCGUUAAGGUGUGGCGCGAACAAAGUUUUCGUGGUUUUCAGAAAAGGUUUUACCAACGUUCGAGCGGUUCCUGAAGAACUUAAUCUAGCGAAAGAAGAAAAAUGCGAGUUUAUCCCUUUCCAAUCACCGAAGCAAGUGAUCACGCGAAAUGGAAAAAUAGUGGCCAUAGAAUUCUGUCGAACGGAGGAAAACGAGAACGGGGAUUGGAUAGAAGACGAAGAUCAAAUUUGCAGAUUGAAGGCGAACUUUGUCAUAUCUGCUUUUGGAUCUGGAUUGCAAGAUCCAAAUGUAAAGCGAGCCAUGACGCCUGUUAAGAUGAAUAAAUGGAACUUACCGGAAGUAGACCUAGAGACAAUGAGUACUUCCGUGGCUGGAGUCUUCUGCGGAGGAGAUCUCGCUGGUGUUGCUCAGACCACCGUUGAAUCUGUAAAUGAUGGAAAGACAGCUGCUUGGUAUAUUCAUAAAUAUAUUCAGAAUUCUUACAAUUUGCAAGUGCCUGAAGUUCCACAGUUGCCUAAAUUUCACACUCCGAUCGACGACGUCGAUUUGUCGGUGGAGAUGUGUAACAUAAAAUUCGAAAAUCCUUUCGGUCUCGCCUCUGCACCACCAGUUACCUCCAGUGCUAUGAUCAGGCGUGGUUUCGAGGCAGGAUGGAGCUUCGUUGUUACGAAAACAUUCUCUCUGGACAAGGAUCUUGUUACUAACGUGUCUCCAAGGAUAAUCAAAGGUACAACAUCUCGAUAUAAUUACGGCCCUGAACAAAGCAGUUUCUUGAACAUCGAAUUGAUAUCCGAAAAGACAGAAGCUUAUUGGUGUAACAGUAUUACCGAAUUAAAGCGGGACUUUCCAACAAAGAUUAUUAUUGCCAGCAUAAUGUGUUCGUACAAUAAGGAAGACUGGACGGAACUUGCUCAAAAAGCGGAGAAAGCUGGUGCCGAUGCUCUGGAAUUGAAUUUAUCUUGUCCUCAUGGAAUGGGAGAGUCUGGAAUGGGUUUAGCUUGUGGACAGGAUCCCGAAUUGGUAAGAAAUAUUUCAAAGUGGCUUCGGGAAGCUGUGAAGAUACCAUUUUUCGUGAAAUUAACACCGAACAUCACAGAUAUCGUGUCGAUAGCCAAGGCAGCGUACGAAGGUCAGGCUGACGGUGUGUCUGCCAUAAAUACGGUACAAGGUUUAAUGGGAUUGCACGCGGAUGCAACUCCGUGGCCAGCUGUUGGUAUUAAGAAGGGUACAACUUAUGGAGGUGUGUCGGGAAAUGCAACGAGGCCGCAAGCUUUACGAGCUGUAUCGUCAAUUUCGAAAAAACUUCCCGGAUUUCCUAUACUUGGAAUCGGUGGUAUCGAUUCAGCGGAAGUUGCUCUUCAGUUUCUACACUGCGGUGCAACAAUUGUACAGGUUUGCAGUGCUGUACAGAAUCAAGAUUUCACUCUGAUCGACGACUACGUCACAGGUCUGAAAACUUUGCUAUACUUGAAGAGUUUGAAACAAGUGAAAGAUUGGGAUGGACAAAGUCCACCGACGUUUAAACACCAAAAAGGAAAACCAGUUUCUUUGCAACACGCUCUUGGAAAAAAUAUACCAUAUUUUGGAGAAUAUCAAAAGCUGCGAGAACAAAAGAUAGCCGAAAUUAAAGCUAAUUCGAACCCGCUCGACGAACCCGUCCAAGUAACGAGACCUGCUCCAAAACCGAUAUCACAUGUACCAACAAUAAAAGAUGUUAUCGGUAAAGCUGUGAAUUAUAUUGGAACGUUCAAGGAAUUGAACAGCAAAGAACAAGUGGUAGCGCUGAUAGACGAUGAUAUGUGUAUAAAUUGUGGAAAAUGUUACAUGGCUUGCGCCGAUUCUGGCUAUCAAGCAAUCAAAUUUGAUUUUCAAACUCACAUUCCAACGGUGACAGAUGAUUGUACGGGUUGUACCAUUUGCCUUUCAGUGUGCCCUAUUAUCGAUUGCAUUACUAUGGUACCUAAAACGAUACCUCAUGUUAUUAAGAGAGGAAUAGCGCCGAAAGGAAUGACCGAAUUGUCAUAGAAAGAGCAUGAUAAGUAUUAUUGUAUACAUUUCAUUCUAAUGAAAUAUUCAU